AUGUGUUACCCAGCUUCUUUUGAAUUGUUUCCAGAUGAAAUUAUUUUAUGUGUGUGCCAGUAUCUUCGUGAAGCUGAUGUUCUCUAUUCACUUUAUAACCUUAAUUCUCGAUUGAAUACUACAAUAACAGGCUAUUGUCGUCAUCUUAAUUUAAUGGCUGUCUCAUAUAAACAAUUUGAAUAUGCUGUUUUUCAUGUUCUACCUCAAAUUGGUUCUAUUGUUCGAACUUUCGUACUCAAUGGUAAUUGGGAAACAAUUAUUAAUAAUGAAUUAUCUUCUGUUCUUUUUGUUUCACACCUAUCUCUAUUAUUUCCAAAUCUUCAAAGAUUAAUAGUGAAAUGGUUCACUAGUGAAAGAUUUUUGUCAUUCGUUGAUACACUUCAAGGUUUUUCACAACUCAUGGAAUUAGAUAUUCGAUUUCUUCGAGGAAAUGCAGCAGGUUUACUUUUACAGAAAGUUCUCUCUGCUAAUAAUAGUCAACUUUCAAUAGUUUCGUUUGACCAGGAUUCAGUUGAUUUAGAUAUAUCCGAUGAAAUUAAUAUGAUAUCUUAUCCGAAUAUUCAAGAGCUUGCUAUAAAUCUAACAUUUAGUAAAUUAAUUCCAUGUCUCUUUGUACUCGUACCAAACGUCCGUCGUUUACAUCUGAAUAUUGACGAAUUGUCAAAUGAUUCCAAGUCUAAACUAGUAGAUGGCAACCUAUCAUCUCUUGUUUACUUGACUAUUUUUCAGUUACGUUCAAUCAACUUGUUUUGGACAUUCGAUGAAGUAGCUUAUCUACUCAAAGCGAUGCCUUCUUUGCAACGACUUGGCCUUGAUAUGCGCACAGAUGAUAAACGUUUAGUCACUGAAAAGGAUAUUAUGACAAUUUUACCUGCGUCACUCAGUAAAAUCGAUCUUUUUAUUCGUUAUUAUUUUUCUAAAUCAAAAUCAGAUAUUAACGAAGAACAUAUGUUCUCGUCAACUCAUAUUCCUGUCGCUUGUUUGCUAGACGAACCGAGACAUCGAUUUCUAAUUCAUUCUAUUCCAUAUGAUCUGAAUUCAGCUAUUCUAACAGCAAGCAUAAGUAGACAAAUGCUUUCAGGAUGGAAAUAUAUGAAACAAAUCAAAGAUUUAUAUAUUUAUGAUAUAACGUCUACGGCUGAAAUACUUCUCAUACUACAGCAUUUUCGUCGACUUCGAACAUUUACAAUUGACGCAAAGGACAAGUCGGAAAAGUUAAUUGUGCCAAAAGAAUCUCAAUCUAUCGAUUUAAAAUUACCAUUUCUCAAACAGAUUGAAACAUCUGGAAUAUUUGAAUUAUUCUCUUUGCUCAACGUUGCUCCUAACGUUGACUAUUUAAUUGUUUACUUUGAUUGUCUUAAAAUAUUAUUAGACGAUGAAUUGACAUGUCAUCUAUUGCAAACUCGUAUUAUUCGCCUUAAUAUUAUGGAUUGGAUCGAUAUCGAGUCCGAACUAUUGCAACGCAUCUCACAAGUAUUUUGUUCGCUACGUCAUCUCGUUAUAACUUUAAAAGAUGCAACAGUAUCUAUUGAUGAGUUUGUAUUGAAAAUUAUUUCUCUUUGGAAAGGUAAAACACGCAUUUCAAUCGAUGUUACCGGUGUAUUGUCAGAAGAAAUAUGCAAAAAUCUUAGACAAUGGAUAAUUGAUCAUUCUCAUAUAAAAACAGAAGAUUCAUUUACAGUUGAAUACAAUGAAAAUUGGUUUGAUUUGUGGUUUUAG